AUGGCCGUGGCCAUGUACGGCCCUGAAUCUGCCGGCACCUUCACCACCAAGACCGUCGCCGCCGUCAUGAACACCGUCGGUACCCGCCAGACCUGGGUGUGGUUCACCAGUUGGGCUUCUCAGUGGUCGCCGGCCUGCGCGUUCCUCCAGCACGCCCCCAUCCACUGGCUCACCCGCGGUGUGUUCGUUGGCAAGCGCAAGACCCACCUCUCGCCCCAGAUCGAUGACCUCGAGCUCGCCACCGAUCUCUACUCCCCCAACGGCACCACCUUCCGUAUCCGCCCCGCCGAUCUCGACGGCCACGUCUCCUGGCAGGUGGACCUCAACUCGCGUCUGCCUGCCGGUUCGUCCUUCCGCCUCGAGCUCGGCCACAACGGCAACGGCGACAUUGACGUGGUCACCAACCCCACCAGCGGCGCUGGUGUCUGUUUCCCCGACUACCCCGUCUACACCAACGACGUUGCCGACACUGCGCUCGAGUGGGUCAAGCCUCUUGGUACUGGUGUCGACGCUUGGCCUGUCGAGUUCCAAACCUGCGCUCUCCUCGACCCCCUGACCACCUGGUACCAGACGUCGUCCAACCGUGACGCCUUUGCUCACGUCUCGCACACCUUCACUCACCUCGAGCUCAACAAUGCCACGUAUCACGAUGCCGCCCGCGAGAUCCAGUUCAACGAGGCUUGGCUCACCCAGACUGGCAUCGCCUCCGGAGCCCACUUCUCUCCUCACGGACUCAUUCCCCCUGCCAUCAUCGGUCUCCACAACGGUGAUGUAAUCCAAGCCUGGCUCAACAACGGUGUCACCCACGUCGUUGGCGACAACACCCGCCCAAUUCUCCGCAACCCCACCUCGGUCUACUGGCCCGCCAUCUCCACCACCGUCAUCAACUGCUACGACGGUCUCGUCAUCUCUACCCGCUUCGCCACCUUCAUCUACUACAGCUGCGACACGUUUGACUGUGACGUCACCGAGUGGCACGCGCUCAUUGGGACCAGCGGCACGUACCAGGACAUGCUCACCUUGAGCAAGAACGAGAACACCAACUACCUCUUCAAUCUGCAGGCCAACCCCUAUAUGUUCCACCAGGCCAACAUGCGUCUCAUCGACGCACCUACCUACACUGUCGGCCCCAAGACUGGUCGCAUGUCCCUCGUCCAGCUCUGGGUUGAGACCGUCGCCCAAGAGCUCGCGCGUCUCACCAACUGGCCCAUCAUCUCGCUCACCCAUGACGAGAACGCCCAGUACUUCCUCGACCGCAUGGCUCUCGACAACUGCCACCCUGGUGCCACCUACACCCUCACCUCGGACGGCAAAGGCAUCAGCCAGAUCGUGGUUACCACCAACGGCAACACCUGCAGCGUCCCUGUUCCCGUUACCAUCCCAUCGGGCUCUGCCUCGACCUCCGGUGGCUCGGUCACUGCCGACCAGGUUGGAUCCGAGCCUCCUAUCCAAUGGGUUACGCUUAACGGCUCGCCCGUCACCCUCACCUUCAACCCUCCCAUAGCCAUUUAA